UUAAGGGUUUUAGUUUCCACUUUCCAGUACCAUUCUUGAUAGGGAGGAGGAGUUUGGUUAUGUUCGAAGUUUAGGUUGUCUUGUUAUUAGAAUUGUCCCACAAAUCUGAAAUUCUGCGUGAGAAAAGUGCGUUUAUCGUCUCCUACAGGAUUUCUCCUCUUCAAUGGCGAAAGUAGUUUGGAGGAUUGAAAAUUUCUCAAAGCUGAAAAACCAACAACAACUUUACUCUGAUACUUUCUCCUUCAAUGGUCUAAGUGGCGAAUGGUGAUUAAUCCGAAAGAUAACCCAAGAUCUCAGACUCACUUGACAGUUUACCUUUGCCUUUGCCUAGUCAAUCGUACUGAAUCUGUUGUUGAGGAUUAUACUCUGGCUAUUAUUGAUCAAAAGGAUGGCUCAAGAACAGUGAAAAGAGAAAAUUUAAGAUAUGAAUUCAACAACAGGGACUUCUGCUGCGGGACGUUCUUGGGUCUUGGUGAAUUUCACAAUCCAGAUAAUGGGUAUUUCUUGAAUGAUACUUGUAUUAUUGAACUUGAGAUAACUAAACCGAAAUCAAUAAUAGAGGAUUACCUUGAUAACCUUAGUCCGGUGGAUUCUAUGUUCUUUUUCGCUCUUAGUUGUUUUCUGGUCUCUUAUGUUGCCUGUGCUGCUUCAGUACUCAUUGGGUCUUAUAAGCUCCCUAUCUAUAUAGACACGAUAUGGAUUGCUAGUUUUGCUGCUACACUUGUUUCUGGUAUUAUUAAGUUUCUUCCUAACGACUUCGUUACUAAAGACCAAACUGUUCCAAGUAACAUAGGAGAGAAAACGAAUUUGGCACCUUUUCCUGCCAAAGGCAUCGAGCUUGUGUCGAAUAUAGAUCAAGUCAAGGUUGCAAAGGCAGCACUAGAGAAGAAACAUGGAACAGAAUGCGAAAAUCAUAAACUCCAAGGGAAGGAGCAAGACAAGGUUUCUGAGACGGAGCCUGGGAGUAACCUAGUAGCCUCCCCAGAAGUUGGAUUGGUGAACCAUCUAGGUGCUGGCCAAAUCUUUGAAGGUGGGAAACACAACAAGUACAACCAGGCUAAACUAGUGUCAGAUGGAGAUGUGUUUGAAGAAAUUUGGGGUUUUCUUGUUCAAAGAACAUUUGCAACUUUAGAAAUGUCCUAUAUAAUCCAAAUUGCGGCAGUCGACCAUAUAAUGCAUUCCCUUUUGGAGAUGAGCAGCUGUCGAUUCGUUGAGGUAACGUCUGAAAUGAUAGUUUUGUGGGAAGGUGAUAUAAAGACGGCUGAUAAUCUUCGAUUUAACAUUGAGUGGCUUCGGAAACACUUUGACACUGUAAAACAGGGUUUUGAUGAUCUUCGAUUUAACAUUGAGUGGCUUCGGAAACACUUUGACACUGUAAAACAGGGUUUUGAUGAGAUGCAGAAACUAAAGACCACACUGCAGGAGGAAGUUCAGCCUAUUAAAUAUGCCAAGGCACAGGUAACCGUAGCAGAAGAUGAGUUGAAGAAUGUGCAGGCACAAUUAACUAUCUCCAAGGAUGAGUUAAAAGAGAAGAUAUCUGCCUUAGCUGGUAGAGUUAGUCCCAUGACAAUCUCAGAGUCGGAGUUCGAAAUGUACUUGGAGAAAGGUGAUACUCUGCUGUUUGAUGGAGUGUUUUAGACUUUGGAGUCUUUGAACUUUUAGAGCAUCUUAGGUCUUUUAAAAUUUUCCUUGAAACAUCUU